AUGCCACUCUGUCUCACUUUCAUCGACUUGAAGAAGGCCUUCGACUCAGUUGAGACGGAAGCGGUCGUAGAAGCCUUGGACAACGAAGACGUCCUUACUCAGUACAUAAAGGUACUUCGAGAGUUGUACAGUAACUUGACGACCGGAAUUUCGCCAUUCUGCAAGAAUAUCAUCAUUGACGUGAAGAGGGGUGUCCGACAGGGUGAUACAAUCUCACCCAAAAUAUUCACAACCACCCUCGAGAACGCAAUGCGAAAGUUGGAAUGGGACGACAUGGGAGCAAAGGUUGAUGGUCAGCAGCUACACCAUUUGCGCUUUGCUGAUGACAUCGUACUGACAACACCUAGCAUCAGCCAAGCGGAACGAAUGACCGAAUUCGACGAAGCAUGUGGAUGCAUUGGUCUUCAACUAAAUCUGCAAAAGACGAUGUUCAUGCGUAACGGAUGGGUUUCGGAUGCUCCAUUCAUGCCCAACGGAACGAACAUAUCCAAAUGCACCAGCUACGUUUGUCUGAGUCAGGAAUUGAACAUGAUCAACGACCUGACCCCCGAGCUGGGCAGGGGGACGAGCGACUUGAAGAGCGUAUAA